AUGCCUGAACGUGCUGGUCUGGUAUCGGCUGCAGUGGAGGCGUCGGCUGGCUUGGCCGAGGCCAGCCUGUUGCUUCCCGACAGUACCAAUGUGACUGAAUGGCUUCUUAAGCAUUUCCUGCUCAACGAUGGCACUGUGCAUGGGGCAGUAACUGGGGACUGGCAGCGUUUUGGCAACCUUGCCAUUAGGCACGUAGGCUCUGAAGCCUACCUGGGCCCUGGGGCUGCUCCUUAUCCCGCCGAUGCAGCCACUUUUGCGCGAGCUUGGUUUGAUAUGCGGGACAUGCACAGCCUCCCAGCAUAUCUGCAUGUCGCUAAUCAAGGACUGCUGCAAGUCUUGGGCAAUGUAUCAACGACAGCCUACAACCAUCCGCUAGACGCUACCGUGGACACGAAGCUGCAGGAGUAUAUCACAUCAGGCACGGAUAUCACUGUGGCCAUUUUCAUCCUGUUUGGCCUAUCGUUUCUACCUGCCAGCGUCUUUGUCUUUAUCGUCAAGGAGCGUGUGGAUCGGGCUCGACACUUGCAGCUGGCAUCGGGGCUCUCACCGGGUGUGCUCUGGUUUGGUCAUUAUUUGUUUGAUCUGAGCACCUACUUUAUAGCGUGCUUGCUUUGCAUUGUUGUCUUUGAGGCGUUUGGACUGCCUGCGUACACGGGGCAUAACGCCUUACCAAUGGCGUUGUUGAUCGUGAGCUAUGGCUUUGCGGUUAUUCCGCUCAUGUACAUGCUCACUGGGCUGUACUCGGUUCCGGCCACGGCCUACGUGAGCGCGAUGGUACUAAAUGUCGCGAUCGGACUCACGGCGACGUUGGCCACCUUUAUACUCGACUGGUUUCCUACCCUCGUGGCCCUCGCCCAUGUGAACGAGCUGUUGAAAAAUAUGCUGGCCGUCUUCCCACAAUUUUGCCUCGGCCGUGCCAUCCUCAAUGUCGCGCGUCAUGAGUACGAGUAUCAGUAUAGUGUUGUAUCGGCUGCUCUCGUCGGUGACGCAGCGCCGGCAUUUCAAAGUGCCUUCCAAUGGCAUGUCAUUGGCAAGUAUCUCCUGGCCAUUUGGGUGCAUGCACUGAUUUGGCCUGGGCUGCUCAUGGUCACCGUCCAUUGGCGCGAGGUGGGGCGUUGUCUCGCUGCAGUUGCAAAGCGCGGAACCAGAGGUUUGGGGCCAUUGGCGGAGGACCAGGAUGAGGAGAUGCUGCCCUUUGAUGGAUCUGCAACGAGCGGCAUCGUUGUGACCGACCUCCACGUGAGCUAUGCACUGCCCCGAACAUGGCGGUUUUGGCGUGCGCGAUCGCGUCGCGAGGCAGUCAAAGACGUCAGCUUGCAUGUUAUGCCUGGUACAUGCUACGGGUUGCUGGGCGUCAAUGGUGCCGGCAAGACGUCGACCUUUCGCUGCCUUGUGGGUGAGCGUGAUGUGGGUCGUGGGGUGAUUCACAUUGGCGGUUUCGACAUGCACGACGCGCGAGGCCGGGCCCUGCAGCACCUGGGCUACUGUCCGCAAGUGGACGCACUCUUGGAUCGACUCACCGUCCGUGAGAGCUUGCAGCUAUUUGCCUCGAUUCGGGGGCUGGCAAACCCCCAAGCGGCGAUGACGAUUGGAGCGCUCGUUGGUUUUCUGCAGUUGACAGACUUUGUGGACUUGGAGACUCGCCAUUUGAGUGGUGGUAAUCGGCGGCGUUUGUCGUUUGGCUUGGCCAUUCUGGGGCCCCAGAGCGUUGUGUGUUUGGACGAGCCAAGCGCAGCGAUUGAUAUCCUGGGGCGCCGCUUCCUCUGGUCGUGCAUUGCGGCAAUGAAGGCGAUGAACAAGGCUGUGUUGAUGACAAGUCACAGCAUGGACGAGUGCGAACUGUGUUGUGACUAUUUCGGCAUCAUGGCUGGUGGCCGGUUGGUGCAGCAUGGUACACUAGAAGAGUUGCGGGCACGUUUUGGAGACUACUUUUCUCUUGAAGUGAAUGCCCCAGGAAAAACCGGGGUGCAAAUUCGUGAGGCCAUUGAAGCUGCUUUUGGCUCGGCUCAAGUCUUGAGUGAGCAUGGCAGCUACGUGCAGGUACGACUACCUGCAGCACAGUGUCAUCCGCUGCAUGUAGCACUCCAACGAGCUGGUAACCUGGAGCAGGAGCUUGAGGCCAAUCUGAUGGAUCUGCGCCAGGCCACCCUGCACGACGUUUUUCUGAAUAUCGUGCAGCAAGCUGCAGAGACCGUAGAAGUGGCCAAGGGAUCGCUCAACGAGGCCAUGUGA